AUGUGCAAGAACAGCUGCUACCCGAUUCUCACGCUUCCAUCACUCCACUUCAUCACAGGCGGCCAAUCAGAGGUUCCAGGCCCCGAAUAUGUAGAGUCAAAGGUUCCAGGCCCCGAAUAUGUAGAGUCAAAGGUUCCAGGCCCCGAAUAUGUAGAGUCAAAGGUUCCAGGCCCCGAAUAUGUAGAGUCAAAGGUUCCAGGCCCCGAAUAUGUAGAGUCAAAGGUUCCAGGCCCCGAAUAUGUAGAGUCAAAGGUUCCAGGCCCCGAAUAUGUAGAGUCAAAGGUUCCAGGCCCCGAAUAUGUAGAGUCAAAGGUUCCAGGCCCCGAAUAUGUAGAGUCAAAGGUUCCAGGCCCCGAUGAUGUAGAGUCAAAGGUUCCAGGCCCCGAUGAUGUAGAGUCAAAGGUUCCAGGCCCCGAAUAUGUAGAGUCAAAGGUUCCAGGCCCCGAUGAUGUAGAGUCAAAGGUUCCAGGCCCCGAUGAUGUAGAGUCAAAGGUUCCAGGCCCCGAUGAUGUAGAGUCAAAGGUUCCAGGCCCCGAUGAUGUAGAGUCAAAGGUUCCAGGCCCCGAUGAUGUAGAGUCAAAGGUUCCAGGCCCCGAAUAUGUAGAGUCAAAGGUUCCAGGCCCCGAAUAUGUAGAGUCAAAGGUUCCAGGCCCCGAUGAUGUAGAGUCAAAGGUUCCAGGCCCCGAUGAUGUAGAGUCAAAGGUUCCAGGCCCCGAAUAUGUAGAGUCAAAGGUUCCAGGCCCCGAUGAUGUAGAGUCAAAGGUUCCAGGCCCCGAAUAUGUAGAGUCAAAGGUUCCAGGCCCCGAGGAUGUAGAGUCAAAGGUUCCAGGCCCCGAUGAUGUAGAGUCAAAGGUUCCAGGCCCCGAUGAUGUAGAGUCAGAGUUUCCAGGCCCCGAGGAUGUAGAGUCAGAGGUUCCAGAUGCAAAGAUGUAGAGUGAUAGGUUCUAGGGAGCGUAGGUGUAGAGUGAGAGGUUCUAGGGAGCGUAGGUGUAGAGUGAGAGGUUCUAGGGAGCGUAGGUGUAGAGUGAGAGGUUCUAGGGAGCGUAGGUGUAGAGUGAGCGGUUCUAGGGAGCGUAGGUGUAGAGUGAGAGGUUCUAGGGAGCGUAGGUGUAGAGUGAGAGGUUCUAGGGAGCGUAGGUGUAGAGUGAGAGGUUCUAGGGAGCGUAGGUGUAGAGUGAGAGGUUCUAGGGAGCGUAGGUGUAGAGUGAGAGGUUCUAGGGAGCGUAGGUGUAGAG